UUCAUUGUAUUCUUGUGUUUCUACGCUAGUCUGCGCUGACGUCACACUUAAUCGGUCGAGGAUGCAGGUUUUUUGAAUUGCUGAUUUAUAAAAGGUUAUUUUGUAUUAUUUUCUUAUAAACAUGAAGCUUAAAGAAUUAAAAAGCGUAUUGCAGCAGAUGGAAACAUUUCAUAAAUCGAAAUAUCAGUUGGAACAAUAUACAACACCGGCUGACAUAGCAGCAAAAAUGCUUUAUAUGAUUCACACUGCCUCCGGUUUGGGCAAUGCGGUUGCGGAUCUCGGAUGCGGAUGUGGUAUAUUAGCGAUUGGAGCAUCCCUACUUGGAGCAGACAUAUGUAUAGGAGUGGAUGUAGAUGACGAAGCAUUGUCGGUGUGUUUGGCAAAUUGUGAAAAAUUGGAGGUGACAAACGUCGAUCUCAUUCAGAUGGAUGUGGUACAUCUUGCAGAUUCGCGCUGGUCUAAAGUUUUUGAUACGGUCGUCAUGAAUCCUCCAUUUGGUACAAAAAAACGGAAAGGAAUUGAUAUGAUAUUUUUAAAAACUGCCUUGGGUUUAGCCAAAACAGCUGUCUACAGUAUGCACAAAACAUCUACCAGAGAGGUAGGAUAUACUGUAUAUUUAAUUUCAGGAUUUGAGAUUUGUAAAAACUAACUAAAGUACAU